AUGGCCGACGGCUUGUCCAUUGCGGCCUCAGUGGCUGGGCUGGUCUCUCUCGGUUUCCAAGUCUGCAGCGGCAUUACCAAGUAUCUUGAUGGUAUCAAAUCUCGUGCAGAGGAACUCGACUCCGCAAGAAAGUAUGAACAGACCCUCAAGACUUCGAUACAGGCUCUUGAAAAUAUCUUGCCUCAGUUGGUCGCCCAUAAUCAACACUCAUCUACGGCCGUCAUCGCGUGUAUACAACUGUGCAAAGAUGAGUUGGAAGCACUAAGACGCCUCGUAGCUGAACUAUGCGACGAGACAAGGAAUAACCCCAAUUUGCUAGACAGAGCAAAGGCAUCAAAGAAACGGUUGACAUAUGCAUUCAACCGAUCAAGACUGACAAAUUUGCAAGCAAGAGUUGAUCAAGCCUCCAAAAGUCUGCAGGUUACCCUGCAAAUAUUGGGACUGGAGAGUUCAAUCUCGCAGGGCCAAACACUACGCACGAUUGAAUCUACCUCGAACGAUGCGGUUGCCGAGAUCAUUGAGACCAAAGUUGAGGUUACCGCACUUGCGAAUGACGUUUCUCACAUUCGCAACGAGGCGACACUACUGCGAGCGGCCAUUGAGAGCAUCGGCCUCUCAUUACUUGACCUUGGACAGACAGCAAUACGGUCAGAGCAAGGCAUACGAGUAAUCAGAGAAGAUGCAACUCGUGCGAAUCGCCUGCUUGCAACGCAAUCGUCCCGGAUAGGAGAUCAGGUCGAUGCGAUACAAAUACAGAAUGCCCUCAACCAUGGAGCUACGACUAAACUUUUGCAGCUCACGCAGCUAGACAAGGCAAGUGCCCGGCCGAUAUUUGAAUUAUUCAAUCAGAUGAUAUCGAGACCGAGUUACCUCGAGGAAGUAUCCGAAGAGUACUUGGACGUAGGCUCGCCAGCACGAGACAUAUGGAAUGUCGACGACCAACCCCAAACGUCUGUCCUCACAACGACUGCAAGGGAUCGCCAGUCUUCUACCUCCAUGUUGCAGUUCCGCUCCUCUCGGGAAUGCACCUGUCACCCAAGACACCGACUCCAGCGCAAACAAGCCGUGUGGUCUGGGUUCAUAUUUUACCAGGACAACAGUUGGUCGGAAAACCAUUUUCCUACGUGCGACCUUUGGCAGCAGCCGAAAACAACUGAGCAGAAAUGGGGCAUGAGGCAGGUUGGGCUUGGCUGGCUCGCACACAAGGCCAUCGAGCUCACAUUCUCGUGCAAAUUUGGUGCCGGCGGUGCAAGCUUUGGACCAAAUUUUACCUAUUAUCCUACCGUGGAUGAAGAUGCUGCGCCUGCUUUCCAAAUCAUCCAAAUAUUGAAAAAAGCGUCGCGCGAUUCGAAUGAUCGACGCCAAUUUAUUCUUUCUACCUGGAAAGGUUUCUUCGAAAGGGCCCUUACAAAACUCGAAACACUUUUUCGAAAAGGUCAGGCAUCGCCAAACGAUGUGAAUAGUCGCAACCAGACCUUGAUCUAUCCGAUAACUAGUUUGGUUUGGGACCUUUUGCUACGAAAGUGGAGAUCAAAUGAUUCGGUCCGUUUCGAGAGACUGGUUCUUGAUUUUCUUGAAAACGUCACGUAUCUUGACAUACCCUCCAAUAUUUAUGACACCAAUGGCGAGUCACCAAUGAAGACACUGACAGCUUCCUUCAAAAUUGAUUCCGCCAAGUCUGUGGAAAUUCUCUUUGGCAAAGCCGCCGAUAUACCGGCCAUGAUGAUCUUUCAAGAAAACUCAUCUAGACACAUGAGUAUGAAUGAUUAUCUGUUUAGAUCAAUCAGCCUGCAGAGAGUGUCUCAACUUAUUGCAGAAGCAUGUGGCUGCGGUCCAUUGUGCCAGGCUGUCCUCAUUGGUGACGGCAAACAAGUCAAAAGGUUGCUUGAAACAGAUCCCCGUAGUAUUAUGGAAGUCAAUGGUUGGGGUCAAACCCCAUUGCACCUAAGUGCCAGCCAACCCGAUAUGUUACGGUUACUGCUACCAGCUUUGGGUCCGUCUCAGCUGAACAAGCCCGAUUUCAGUGGAUAA